GUCUAGGGAAGCAGGAUGGAGGUCUUAGGGUGGGACCGAAGAGAGCCAGACCCAAACUCCCAGCCUGGGAUGACAGGAGGCAGAAAGGGGGUGUUUCGGAGCCGGGAGGGGCCGAGCGCCGGAAAGGGAAGCCGGGAGCCGUCGGAGCCGGCGCGCUGCGGCGGGCAGGCGCUGGGAGUGGCAGCAGGUCGGGGCGGAAGAAAGGCUGUCACGUUUCUCUCCCGCGGUGGGUCCUCGCUCCGCCCCCGGCACCCACGGCCGGGCGCCGCCCGCGGGACCCGCGGUCCCUUUAAGAGGCCCAACCUGAAGAUGCGCCCGGGGCCGCCCGCCGCCGCCGCCGCCAUGGCCGCGCAGCGCCUGGAGGACAAGCUGACCUGCGCCAUCUGCCUGGGGCUCUACCAGGACCCGGUGACGCUGCUCUGCGGCCACAACUUCUGCGGGGCCUGCAUCCGGGACUGGUGGAAACGCUGCGAGAAGGCGUGCCCCGAGUGCCGGCAGCCCUUCCCCGACGGCGCCGAGCUGCGCCGCAACGUGGCUCUGAGCGGCGUGCUGGAGGAGCUGCGCGCCCGGCCCGCGCCGGGCCCCGACCCCGGCUCCGCUCCGGCCCCCGGCCCCGGCCCCGACCCCGGCGCGCGCUGCCCCCGGCACGGGCGGCCGCUCGAGCUCUUCUGCCGCACCGAGGGCCUCUGCGUGUGCAGCGCGUGCACCGUGCGCGAGUGUCGCCUCCACGAGCGGGCGCUGCUGGACGCCGAGCGCCGGGAGCGGGAGGCCCAGCUGAGAGCGACGCUGGAGCUCACCCAGCAGCAGGCCACCCAGGCUGAGAGUCAGCUGCAGGAGCUACACCGGCAAAGCAACCAGAUCCAGGCUCCUCGCGUGCCUACCCAGAGCUCAGCCUGCGCCCUGGCCUCCAUGGUCUUUGGGAAGUUCAGCCGCCUGCUGCAGGCCCUGGAGAUGCGGCGGGCUUUGGCACUGAGGGACAUCGAGGUGGCCAAGACACAGGUGCUGAAGCAGGUCCGGGACGAGGAACAGCGACUGGAGGGCCACCUGGAAGCCUUGGCUCGCUGUAACCGCAGGAUUCGCGACCUCUUGGAGCAGUUGGAUGACCAGACCUUCCUCCAGGAAUCGCAGCUCCUGGUGCCCCCAGGGCCCCUCGGGCCACUGACUCUCCCUCAGUGGAAUGAAGAUGGGCAGCUAGGUGACCUGAAGGAGUCACUGAGCCAGCUGUGUACCCUCCUCCUGGAAGAGGGGGGCCACCCUGGGGCACCAGCCGAAGCUGCUGACUUGGGCUCUACUGAGGCCCCAGGUCCCCUGGCACCAGUCUUGAGCCCAGUUUGUCCACUGAGGAGGAAACUCUGGCAGAAUUAUCGCAAUCUGACCUUCGAUCCUGUCAGUGCCAACCGUCACCUCUACCUGUCUCGGCAGGACCAGCAGGUGAAGCACCGUCGCCAGCCCCGGGGCCCAGACAGGCCAGGCAGCUUCGAGCUCUGGCAGGUGCAGUGUGCCCAGAGCUUCCAGGCUGGGCAGCACUACUGGGAGGUGCGUGCAUCUGACCACUCAGUGACGCUGGGCAUCACCUACCCGAAGCUGACGAGGCGCAGGCAGGGGCCCCAUACAGACAACAUCGGCCGUGGGCCCAGCUCCUGGGGGCUGUGCAUUCAGGAGGACAGCGCCCAGGCCUGGCACAACGGGGAGGCCCAGCGUCUCCCGGCGGUAUCAGGGCGGCUCCUGGGCGUGGACUUGGACCUGGCCUCUGGCUGCCUGACCUUCUACAGCCUGGAGCCCAAGACCCAACCGCUGCACACCUUCCAUGCCUUCUUCACCCAGCCCCUCUACCCCAUUUUCUGGCUCCUUGAAGGUAGGACCCUGACUCUAUGCCAUCAGCCCGAGGCCAAGCUCUCUCCAGGGCUCCAGGAAGAGGCCUCAGGGCUCAGCUGAAGAAGGCACAGGGUGGAGCUGGGGGUCAGGUGCCACCGUGCCUGUGUGCCCAAGCACUGCCCCAGCCCCUGGUCUAAGGACUUGAGGCCGCAGUUCUAACAGGACCAGUCAUUGACCGGAAGACCAACUCAGGACCAGGCUGGGCCUGGAUCCUGGGGAAGCCUCCAACCUGGAGUUCACCUUUCCAGCCUCUUUGAAGGGGACAGGGACUGAAGGGAAUGAAAAGGGCGCACAUUUCUAGGCGGCUGCCUUGACCUCAGAGGCCAGUGCGGUGCCCGGGGUCUCCUGGUCCCACAGGAGCGUGCAUGCAGUGUGGGACACACCACAGAGUGGGACAGACAAAAUCAUCCACCUGUAAACCCCAGGUUGCCUUCCACCAAGACAGUGUGGAAGCAAAGAACUCCCAGAGGGAAUCUUGAGAAAAUUGAUUUUCACCUUCUCUCUCCUUGUCUUUAUCUCUUAUAUUCCUUAACAUUUUCAUGUAUUUUAGUCUUUUUUACUUUGUACAUCCUUGUGAUUGCAUUCUAUAAACAGUUGCAUUUUUGCAUUUUUUAAAUUUAACAUAAGCAUUUUUCACAUUGUUAAACUUUUCCCCUGAAUAAUUACCAUGUAAACAGUCAUUCUAAUGACUACCAAAAUUUAUUUACCCAUUAUUGGACAUGCAAAAUGUUUUGGGCUGUAAAAAUACGGCUGUGAUGACUGUUUUUGAGCAGGAAGCUUUGGCCACAUUUAUGGCCAUGUACAAACAUAGAGUACACUCUAAAGAGGGAUCACUCGACAGAGAAACAGUGAGCGCUUGAAGAUAUUAUUUUUAUACGAAAGACCAAAAUGAACCCUUGAGUCAGGCCAGCUAGUGCCCCUGGCGCCCAUCACACCGGUCAAGUUAGCGUGGCAGGGUCUCGGCCCCUAGCAUCCUCACCGCAUCCCCACCCCAGAUGUGGGAUUAUGUGCAGUGAUUUGUGCAGGGGCCAACACGGUGCUAACUCCUGUUCUUUUGUUUUUUUGCUACUCAGAACAUGAUUCUGUGACAAUCUCUGUACAUGUUUUUCCCUGUGUUUCUGGAACUGAGGGUACUGGGUCAUAGGGGGAACAGAAAUUUUGUCCUUGAAGUGUUCGACUUGAUCUGGGUGCUGGUUCCCAGGGUGUUUGCUUUAUAACCUUUUAUGCUGCAGUUAUAUGUUUUAUAUACUCAUGUAUAAGUAUUUUGUAAUAAGGUUUUUUUUUAAAGGAUGACACAUGCAAAAAACGCAGACUCAAAAAAAAUACCAAGUAUUUUUAUAUUUGUAAAAAAUCUAUCUCCCUUCCACAUUGUAACCUGGCCCAGGCAGAGGCCACGGUUGCAAACUCCACCUCAGGCCCUCACUCCUCAGCCCUGCAGCGUCUGUUCAAGGGCAGGGCCAGGCAAGGAGCUUCCAAUAGAUUCCUAAGGUGGAGAGGCCCCCAAACAGGAAGAAGGUUCUUACACUGGGCAGCCCCAGCAGUGUGACAGGAGGCAGUGGGGACCUUGCUGAACAGCUGGGUUAACAGCAGAGCUGAAAGGCCCAGCGAGGCAGGAGGUGGGGUGGGGCGGGGCUGGGCCGGCCUCAUCAUCGCUGGCUGCCCCAGCAUACAGAGUCAUACAGAUGCCCCAGCACUUGUCCAACUGGCCAAGCCCAUCCUCUGAAAGGGGCAGAGAGAACAGCGUCCUUCCGCUUCCGUGGUGGGAGGCAUUUGGGGUCACUUACUCUAUGGAUUUCUUUCUUUAAUGGGUCGUUAAUCCUUUCCCUGUUGUUCUGUGGGAGUAUUCUAGAUCAUGACCAUUAACCUUUGUUUACAUAUGAUGAGAUGCUACGGAAAUUUUGAUAGAGUGCUGUGAUAAUCAGUGCUUCCCAUUUUUGGUGGUGGUAGUUGUUUUUUAAUGACGGUACUGGGAAUGGAGCCAAGUACCUCCUGCAUGCUCAGCAUGCGCUCUACCAGCUGAGCUAUACCACCACCCUUUUAAAUUUUUUGGUGGGGGAGGUAAUUAGGUUUUUAUUUAUUUAUGGAAGUACUGAGGAUUGAACCCAGGACCUCGUGCAUGCUAAGCCUGCACUCUACCCCUGAGCUAUACCCUCCCCUGAUAAGUGCUUCUCAAUUAGGUGUUGGGGAGAAGCAUUGCCAAAUCUGGAAAACUUCAGAUAAAUUCACUCCAUCUACCUGAUUAUGACAGAACUCUCCACCUGCUCUCCAGGAAAAAUGUAUUGGUACAGAGGGAAAAAGAAGCAUGGACUUCGGGGUGUAACAUUUAUAAAAGGGACACAUUUGAUUAGCCUAGGAGUGUUUCCAGCAUCUCUGCCUGCCCCCUCCUCCUCACGGCCUCUGGGCUUCUGUGAGACAGAAUCAGGAGGGUGGGCAAACAGACAGAACAAGGGCAGGAGAGAGUUUUAAAGACAGGGGCCUCUGGAGCCAAUAGAGGUGAAGGGAGUUGGAUUGGAGGCCAGAGAGGAGAGGGGUAAAGAGAAGAGGCUGCUCUUGCCCAAGAAGGGAGUAGCGGGGUGACUGCAGGAAACGUGGCUUUGAGUAACACAGGGCUGGAAGCUGGGAGACAAUGGAGCCAGGCCUUUGAGAUUCUGACAGGAAAGGAUUUGCAUUGAGAGUUCCAUACCCAGCCAAGCUGUCAAUCACAGACGAAGCCUGAACAAAGACAUUUGUAGACACUUCCGCUUGCAUUGUCAGGAAGCUCCCAGAGGACGUACUUUUCAAAAAUAAAGGAAUAAAUCAAUGGAAGGAAAGGGAGACUGGGGAUCCAAACAACAGGGAAUUCAACACAGAAGAGAAGUGAUCAAGAAUCAAUAUCCCCAGAAAUAUGGGCCCAAACAUCCAGAUGUUCAAGGCUUAUAAGCAUGUGCUUUAGAGACCUGCAGGUAAAUGCUGGAAGAGACGGUUAAAGUUGAACCCAGUUGUCCCUGGGAGCACGAAUCUGGAGGAGGUAGGACAGGGGACUGCCAGGUUUUUGUUAUAAGCCUCAUUAAAUUGUUUAACUUGUAAAUACUCUGUAUUACUUUGAAAUAAAUAUAACUUUUAAAGUACA